AUGCCGUCCCUCCGGUGGGGGGGGGGGGGGGUGGGGGGGGGGGGGAAAGGGGGGAGGGGUGCCGAGCUGGGGGGGGGUGCUGGGAGUGUGUUGGAUGGGGGGGGGGGGGGGGGGGGGGUGGUGAGGGGGGGGGGUUUCGGGGAGGUUGGGGGGGGGGGGGGGGGGGGCGGGGGUGGGGGGGGCCGGGGAUGGGGACAUAGGUUGGGGGGGGGUGGGGGGGGGGGGGGGGGGGGGGGGGGGGGGGGGGGGGGGGGGGUGGGGGGGGGGGGGGGGGGGGCCAAAGUAGAGUUUGCUUCUUAUUGA